CCCACGGGGACGUGCAUGGCUUAAGAAAGUCCCCUCACCCCCAAGACCCCAUAGGAGUGCACGGCUGCACCCUGCGCAUCCCCCCGGUUUGCUGACCCUUGUGCCAGCCUUGGUGCAGAAGGCUGGGUGCUGGUGACACCCCAAUGCUCCCCACCACGCCCUGGCCUUGCUGCGACAGCGGAUCCCAGUGGGUGCCCAUCCCAACCCAUGGGCCUGGCAGUGGUUCAGGGCCCGGCUGACCGAGGGUGCUGGCGGGGGCCCAGCACCGCAGAGGCUGUUCCUGCUCAGCUGUCGCUGUCUGUGACGCUCCCCAUGACGGUCCCAUCGGCUCAGCCUCGCCGCCAGCACCCAGUGCCUGCGGUGCCUGCGCAUGGACCUGUGCCACGUCCCUGCCACCCAGGAGAAGGGCUGGUACCUGGCGCUGAUGGCCCCCAACGUCAAGGGUCCCAACUACGCCUGGCUGGACCCAUCCCGGCUCUACUGCCACCCGCAAGGCUUGCAGGACUGCGUGGCCGACCUGCUGCAGCCCUUCCAAGGAGACCCCAUUGACAUGGUGGCCGGUAUUGAUGCCAUGGGCUUCAUCCUGGGCUCUGCCGCUGCCGCUGUGCUGCAGAAAGGCUUCCUGGCCAUCCGCAAAGCCGGGCACCUCUGCGUGCAGACGGCGGCACAGCCCUACACCGACUACUCGGGCAGGGAGAAGGUGAUGGAGGUCCGCACCGAUGCCAUCUCGCCCGGUCUGCGCAUCCUCCUCGUGGACCAGUGGAUUGAAACCGGGGGCACCAUGAGAGCGGCCAUUCAGCUGGUGGAGCGGCUGGGGGGGGUCGUGGCAGGCGUCGCUGCCAUCUGCAUCGAGGACAGCGAGGGUGGCCGAUGGAUCCAGGAGCGCUAUAAGUGCUCCCACUGCGUCCCCCCGCGCCUGCAGCCCCGCUUCAACCACCAUCAGUUAGGCUGGAACUGAUGGGGCCGGCUCCAUGUGUGCCCUCUGCAUCCCACAUGGGGCACAGGGAUGUUGGCUCUAUAGGACGGGGAUGUCCAAGGCACCCAUCGCCUGUUCCCAACCUCUCCUGGGUGACAGCCACCAUCCUCCCCUGCUCCAUCCUCCCUGCUGGAUGCAGGCUGCACCCAGGGCCAGUGGAAGCCGCAGCCGACCCAAAACCUUCCUUAAAAGCCCCAAACCUUUCUUAAAAAGCAUAAAAAAAGGUUUUAUUAAGACAAA